AUGUACUGCUGGUUUCUCAUCAGUGUAGCCAGUGAGCCCAGUGCUCAGCCCAAGCCUCCAGCUCAGCUUCCUAACUAUGGAGAUUUCCGACUACAGGAGCAGUCUGAACAAGCACCCGAAGCUGAGCUACACCCACAGUUGAACCGAGUCCCUUCUCAGGCUGCAGAGAGUAGUCCAGCAAAGAAGCCCCAGGACAUCCCAUCUUCUCAGCCCCCAUCAAAGCCCAUCCGUAGGAAACUCAGACCUGAAAAUCAAGCUACAGAGAACCAAGAGCCUUCUACCACUGUAGGUGGGCCAGCUGAUAUACCAGCCACAAAACCCCACCCAACAGUCCAAAAACAGUCUUCCAAACAGAAGAAGGCUAUUCAGACUGCUGUCCUCAAAAACAAAGAGGCUAAUGCUGUGCUGGCCAGGUUCAACAGUGAACUCCAGCAGCAACUCAAGGAGGUUCAUCAAGAGCAGAUUGCAUUGGAAAACCAAUUGGAACAACUUCGUCCAGUCACUGUGUUGUGACCCUCAAGGUUCAAGCGAGUGACCUUUUCUGCCAAGAUCUUUCCUUCGAAUGUUUGAGCCAAUUACUUGUCAUAGAUGUCUGAUUGUGUCAAAAGCUGUGAGCAGCAACAUACAAUCCAUGUCACCUUUCCUCUUGCACUUCACCUAUACAUUUUACUGUGGUAGAAGAAAAUACUUCAACUGAUUAUCAGUUUGAAGUUGUAAUUAUCCGUGGAAUUUAUCUCCCAUUCUUAAGUACUUCCUCAAGGUGUUAGAUGCUGCUCCCUACCAAAAAUCAAUCUUCUAGCAAAUAAAAAUGAUCUAGAACAUUAUUUAAUUAAAGAAUUUAUGAUUUGUGCAAAAUCUUACAACCAAGUAACUUCAGGAUGCUUGUUUUAUUUUUGUAGGUGUAUCAAACAAUAGAUUGGCUUCCUAAAUAAUAGAGAUUCCAACUGGAGAGUUUUGGGCAUGAUGACAAUAAAAAGAAAACUAAAACUAAAUAAAAUAAAGCAAAAACAUGAGAUUUAGGCUGGUGCUAUACCCUCCAACACUAUUUGCCAAAAAUUGCUUCUCUAGUGCCAUUUUAAUAUGUCUAGCUAUAGGUAAUACAAGGCUAUUGUUUUCUAUUGAAUGUCAAAGACUCAUUGGGUCUUUACAACUUUGGGAAGUGGAGGUUUUGGCAAUGAACUAUUUAACUUGGCUAAACUAGGCCAUCAACUCAGAUAACUCAGUCCUUUCAUGUGCUUACAAUUUGGGACAAGAGCAAUCUGCUUUAACUGCCUUGCCUAAUCAAAUUAAAUAAAUAAUUGCCAGAUCUCUAGUUUUUUAUCUUGGACAAGGACAGCUUAUUGGUAAAGCAUGAGUUUGGAAACCACACAUCAAAUAUGAAAGGCUGGUGAACCUGUUUGGAUUGAUAAACAUUUGUUGUUGGAACUGAGGUUUCCAAACUGGGGGAGAAGGAGAAAUGUUUUUACUAACCAUCCAACAACCUCUGGUAGUUAUUUGUGUCUUUGUUAUCUUAACCUGGAUUGGGAAUGUAUUGUGUAUAAGGAAAGAAGUCCUGUCCUCACGUUGGUAAACAACUCUUGUGUUCUCUGUGAAGUAUCCACUUGGGAAGUGGUUGGUUUAUAUCCAAUCCAGAGGAGCCCAACUAACUCCAGUGUAGGUGAUGUGA